AUGGGGCCCCAGGCCGCGGCCCGGCCAACCCCGGCUCGGCUCGGCACGGCCGGCGCCGGGGUCGCUGGCCCUCCUGAGCGCUGCCGCAGGGCCGCCGCUCACCUGCGGGUGCCGCGGGCGGCUCGGCGCCUGCCCCCGGAGCGGGCGGAUGGGGAGACGCGCCGACCCGGCCCGGCCAGGCCCCGCCGCCGCUCCGCCGCCUCCCUCCUCCUCCCUCCCCCGCAUGCGCGCGCCCGACGCCGCCGCCGCCAUCCCGCGGGGGCGCGCGCCCGCCCCGCGCGCCCCCGCUCCCGGGGCUCGGCGGCCGCGGCCAAUCAGCGCGCGCGCGCCCGCGCGGGCCUGGCCCCCCCUCCCCUUCCACCCCCCCCCCCGCACGAGCACCCCCCCCUCGACGGGCCCCCCCACCCCCACCUCGGGAGGGGGAGUGGGGAGGGGGCGCUCAGUGCUGCCCCCCCCCGGCACGGCCCGGCCCGGCCCGGCCCGGCCUGCCCCGCUCCCCGCAUCCCCCCACCCCGCACCGCGGCCUCGGCGCCGCCGCCCGCACCUCCACCGCAGGCAGGGGGCACCGGGAGGGACGGGACGGGGCGGCCCCGCAGUGCCUCCCCCGCCGCCGCUGCUCCCCCCCACCCCACGCCGGGCAGGCCGCGGGCCUGCGAACGGCAGCGCCAACAAAAUGGAGUCGGCCGGGCCCUGCGCCCCGGCGGGGCACCCGGGCGGCGCCGGUCCCCGUGCAGCGCUCGGCGCCGCUCCCGGCCCCGGUGCCCGCGGGCGGGCGGUCAGAGGGGCGGGUGGCGCGGGUCGCCGCCCGCCCCCGCCGGGCUCGGGUUACCCCCUGCCAUUGUCCGCCGCGCCCCGCGGGCCGGCCCGGCGCCCCCGCCGCGCUCCCCCGCCGCCCACCCGCGCACCGGCGGGCCGGGCCGUCGCCCUCCGCGGGGCUGCCGUGCAGAGCCGUGCAGAGCCGUGCGAGCCUUGCCGAGCCUCGCCCGCCGGGGAGCGGCGCCGGGUGCCCGCGGCCUGGCUGUCCUCGCCGGGCUCCGCCGCUCCCGGACAGCCGCGCUCCCACCCGCCCUCCCGCCGCCGAGCGGCGCGCACCGGCCCCGCGCCCGCCCGUUCCGCCGGGACGGGCUGCCACCGCCGCCCCCCGCAACCGGCCCGCGGCGGGCGGCGGCUCCGUCGCUACCUCCGCUGCGGGCCGGGGUCUCCGCCGCCAGCCGCACGGGUCCGGGCGCCGCGCCGCGCCGCCGCCGCACCGGCACGGCUGGGCAGGCUCGGGGCGGGGGGCAGCCGGGGCAGCGCGGGGAUGUGGCACCGGGGCGGUGCUGCCCGGGCCGCGCGGGGGGCAGGGCCGCGCUGCCGCCCCCCGGGGUGCCGCCGCGGGGCUCGCCGCGGCGCUGCCCGGGCGGACCCGCUCCCCCCGCCCGCCGCUGCCCUUUGUUUCCCCCCCUCCCUCUCCACGUCCCGGCCGUGCGGGAGCCCCCGGCCGUGCUGGCGCCGCGCUCCCCCCGCCGGGCCGGGCCCCGGAGCAGCCGCUCCGCACACCCAGGCGGGGAGCGCCCGCUGCCCGGGCCUCGGUGCCCCGCAGGCGCAGCGUUUCCCCGCUGA